AUGGACGAAAUGAAGGAUAAAAUGAAGGGUUUUAUGAAGAAAGUCAAUAAUCCGUUUACAUCUUCUUCAUCAUCAUCUGGUGGAUUUAAAGGGCAAGGCAGAGUUUUGGGCUCAGCUUCUAAUUCAAAUUCAGUGCCCACUAAUCCUCCUAUUCUCUCAAGGCCCUCUCCGCUUGUUGAUUCUAAGCCGAAUCCGAAACCAUCCGUUUCAAGUCAGAGGCUAAGUAGUGAUUUGCCUGAUAAGAAAGUGGAGAGCAAGGCUGUAAUAAAUGGAAAUUCAAAUGAGAUUAGGAAACCAAAAAAUGGUUUUGAUCCGUUUGAUUCGCUGAUCACUUCCGGAAAGCGAAACGUAAAUGGCUAUGAUUUGAAAGUGGUUGAGUGCCCUGUUUGUGGUAGAGGGUUUGGGUCUGAAGAUGAGGUGUCUGGCCACAUUGAGGAUUGUUUAAGUGUUUCUGGGUUAAGCAUUGAGGAAGUGGAGAAGAAAUUUCAGGGUGACGGCGAUGAUGAUGGUAGAAAGGUGGCAAAAAGUGAAGUGGAGGUUUCUGUAGGUGCUUACAUUUCUGGGAAACCAUCAGAGGUGUCGAAGGAGGUGCUUCUUAAACUUUUGAAGAAUGUUGUUAGAGAGCCGGACAAUGUCAAGUUUAGAAAGAUUAGGUUGGGGAAUCCAAAGAUAAAGGAAGCAAUUAGUGAUGUUGCAGGAGCUGUGGAGUUGUUGGAAAGCGUAGGGUUUCAGUUGAAUGAGGAUGGGGGCGAAAUGUGGGCUGUGAUGGACGAUGCCUCCGAAAAACAACUUGGAUUGAUAAAGGACGCAAUUUCAUUGUUGGAACCAAAGAAAGUUGUUGAAUUGCCCUCUGUGGCGCCAUCUAUGGCAGAUGAGCAGCCGCUUCCUCUCAAGGAGAUUGACAGACAGAUCAGGGUAUUCUUUUCUGUUUCAGAGACCGUAGCAGCUAGGAUCGAAGUGCCUGAUAGUUUUUAUAAUCUAUCGAGUGAAGAAUUGAGAAGAGAGGCACAAAUGAGAAGAAAGCAGAUUGAAGACUCCCAGCUACUGAUUCCUAGAUCCUUGAAGGAAAAACAGGCAAAAGCUGCCCGGAAAAGGUACAAAAAAGCUCUUAUCAGAGUACAGUUUCCUGAUGGAGUGGUGCUCCAGGGAGUAUUCUUACCUUCAGAGUCUACUGCUGCUCUCUAUGAUUUUGUCUCCUCAGCACUGAAGGAACCGAGCUUAGAGUUCGAUCUACGGCAUCCAGUUCUCAUAAAACGGCGGGUGAUACCACGCUUUCCGGAGGCAGGGAAAAAAGUGCCAACACUAGAGGAGGAGGAUCUGGUGCCUGCAGCUUUAAUCAAAUUCAGACCUAUUGAAACAGAUUCGGUGGUGUUCACUGGUCUCCGUAGCGAGCUCUUGGAAACAUGUGAACCUCUUGUUCCUGAUUCAGCAGCGCAUCGCUGA